AUGGUGUUAAUCAAGGCAACCUUCGCGUCCAUUUUUGUCUCCCUGCUGGCAUGUGCCACCGCUGUCGAAGUCCCCAAGACCGACUAUGAUGUGAUCGUGGUUGGCGGUGGUCCUGCGGGCCUCAGUGCGAUCAGUGGUGUGUCUCGUGUUCGCCGAACAGCUCUCUUAAUUGAUAGCCAGGUAUACCGCAAUGGUGUGACUCGGGAAAUGCACGACGUCAUUGGUAACGACGGUACCCCACCGGCCGAUUUCAGAACUCUGGCUCGCGAGCAGAUCCAGCAGUAUCCAACUGCCCACUUUACCAACGAGACUGUGGCGUCAAUCGUCCCUCUCAAAUCAGGUGAAUUCACUGCCUUCACGGUGACCGACAGCCAAGGCAAGAACUACACAGCCCGUAAAGUCGUGCUCGGCACCGGUGUCCGUGACGUCCUACCAACGACUCCAGGCCUUCAAGAGGCAUGGGGCAAGGGUAUCUUCUGGUGUCCGUGGUGCGAUGGCUACGAGCACAGAGACCAACCAUUUGGAAUGAUCGGCGAUAUCACCGAUAUGCUGAGCAACGUGUUGGAAACCCACACUCUGUACACUGAUAUCAUUGCCUUUGUCAACGGGUCGCAAACCGCAGAUGGCGAGACCCGGGCAACCGCAAAGGUUGCAGACUGGAAGGAGCAACUUGCCGCUUGGAACACUACCAUUGACAACCGUACAAUCACUUCCAUCGAGCGCCUCCAGGAUGGUGGUAAGAAUAGGGACGAGAUGGAUCAUAAGCAGUUUGACAAGUUCCGCCUUCACUUCGCUACCGGCGAGCCUGUCGAGCGAAAUGCAUUGAUUAUCAACUUCCCAACUGUUCAGACCUCGACACUUCCAGCACAGAUGCACCUUGGUAUGGUCGGCGAUAAGAUCAAUGUUACUAGCGGGAUGCGCACUAGUGAGCCUGGUGUCUUUGCUGUUGGUGAUGCCAACAGCGAUGGUAGCACAAAUGUGCCACAUGCAAUGUACAGUGGCAAGAAGGCCGCUGUUUUUGUUCACGUGGAAAUGUCCCGUGAGGAGUCGAAGUCUAAGAUCUCGAAGCGUACCGGUCUUUCUCACCGUGAGCUCGAGAAGGAGGCCAUGCGUGCAAUUGGCAAAAACCUUGAUGAACAAUGGAAGCGUGCUCAGGAGUAA